AUGUCUGUAGAUGUUUUCUCUCGCCUCGCAGAUAUCAGAACCGGAGCCGUUGGCGCAGAAGAAGAAUUACACAUUAUCACAAACAUGGACGGAGGACGCAUUGGUCCUGGUGGUGAAGCAGAAAUCGCAGCUUUCUCGUUUCAAGAAUUGGUACCGACUAUAACCCUAUUCAGUCCUUUUCGGGAUCUAGAUGAUAUCUUCCGGAAAGGCCCUGGUCACAAUGAAGUUGGCCAACUAGUAUAUCUACGCCUAUCAAGGCAAGCCCAACUUUUGCAUGAGUUGAUACAUUUUGUUACGAAUAAAAUCCAUUAUCCGCCUAUAGUACCCAAGUACAAAGACAGUGGUACGUCCUACUCUACUCACUCCCUUGGAAUGCUGAAAGUUGAUAUUGACAUUUACAAUAGUCAGUUUUCUAUUUUCAGCCGCUGUAGACGUCAAACUUGCCGAUGCAUGUGGUUGGGGGGAAAAGGUAUAUAAAAUCCUGUUUUCUUUCUCGUAUUAAGGCUGAACACUAUUCUAGAAAUGGAUUUUCAACAAAGCGGAUCUCGUAUUCGAGAGUAAAGAAGAGUUGGAAAGAGCCGUAGCCUAUGGCGAGUUUAAAACUCUCCUUCUAGCCCAGUUAAAAAAGGGUCCAAGAUAUGCAGUUCAUAAUGCUGAUAGCUAUGCAAUGUUUGCUAUCGGUAAGCUCAACUCGAACCAUUUCAUACUUUUCUUCAUGAUCAGAAUACUAAUUCAAGUAUAUGAAGCGUUACUGGUCAAUUGGAAUCUUAACGGGGCAAUCAUGCCUCAAAGGGGGGAGCCAGUCUUUUGGUUAAAAACCGCUGUCAGAAGGGAUCCAUUUGCGCAGUUACCGCCAAUAUUUGACAUCCCUGGAGAGUGGAGAUACAAGUACUUUUGGGGGCGAACAGGAAGAAACGUGGGGAUCGUAUCGGAUGAUGAUGACUAG